UGGAGAGCAUCCUGUGCAUGAGCUCUCCAGCAAUGGGCAGUGCCAUGGACACGCACCAACUUUGGCCAUGUUGGCCAUGUGGACCCGGUAACCGGGGCAACCACUGAUGUGAAUGACGUGGUCACACGCCUGGGGUGACGGCAAUGAACGUUCUGAGCUCUUACAAAAUGGGCCGCUGCAUUUCUCGAGGCCAUGCCUCGCGGGUCAACGAAGCCACGUACAUGGAGACCUGUGCGGUAGUUGCCAUAAAGCGUGUCACUCAUGACUUGGAUGAUCGAUUGCAGAAGGAGUGCGAAACUGAAAUCACUAUCCUCCAGAUGUUGGACCAUCCGAAUCUGAUCAAAUAUCAUACGCACUUUUCGUUCCACGGCGAUCUCUAUCUGGUGAUGGAACUUGCAACUGGUGGCACGCUGGCAAACCAAAUUGAACAAGCUAACAAGCAAAAGAAGCUGAUUGAAGAGCACUUGGUAUGGCGGUGGUUGAAUGACGUAUCCAGUGCCCUGGCAUACUUGCACAAGAGGCGGGUUCUCCACAGAGACGUAAAGCCAUCCCACAUCUUCAUUGGCGAAACUGGCCAGGCCAAGCUGGGCGAUUUCGGCUUGUCAAAGGCAUUCUCCGAUGCGACCACCUGCGCAAUGUCUUGUGUUGGCACGCCGCUAUAUAUGUCUCCUGAAAUUGUCCGCGGUGAGGGCUACUCUUUCGGCUCUGACAUCUGGAGCCUGGGUUGCUCCCUCUACGAACUAGCUGCCGGUGUGCCACCAUUCUAUCGCACAGAUACAGACUUCGUUGCCUUGGGUCAUGCCAUUUGCUCUGCAGAGUAUCCUGAGCUGCCUUCAGAUGUGUGGUCGAAAGACUUUCUGAGCAUAGUCUCUCAGAUACUGACGUUGGAUCCGACACAGCGCCCUUCAGCGCAGAUGAUAUUCGAUCUGGCGGGAUGCAGGCUAAUGCCUCGAAUCCAUGAUUUCGAGAUCAUUGGCGCCAUCGGCCGCGGGCAAUUCUCCGAAGUGCAUCGGGCACUUUGGAAGGCUGGAGGUGACCGUGAAGUGGCUCUUAAGCGUAUUCAGAUUGAUGAGAUGAACGACUAUGCCAGACGUGAGGUCUAUGCCGAAGCGAAGAUCUUGCAAGAGUUAUCCCACCCGACCAUUAUCAAAUACUUUGAUUCUUUUACAGAGGAUAGUGAGAUGGUCAUCAUUCUGGAGUUGGCGGCUCACGGUGAUCUAUCCAGCCUUUUGAGCAGGCUGAAGCACAACGAACGCUUGCUGCAAGAACAUCAGGUGUGGGCAAUCUUUUUUCAGAUUGGCGAGGCGUUGCAUCACAUGCACAGGCAGCGGAUAAUGCACCGAGACAUCAAACCAGAGAACACCUUUCUGUGUCAACGAGGUGUUGUGAAGUUGGGCGAUCUGGGUCUUGGCCGCUUUUUUGGUUCCAAUACGUACAAAGCCCACUCCGUGGUUGGAACUCCGUUUUAUAUGUCUCCAGAAGUCAUAUCUGACUCUGGUGGCUAUUCAUUCAAGUCAGACAUUUGGAGCAUGGGCUGCGUCCUGUAUGAACUCUACAUGCUCAGAAGCCCAUUUGCCGGUCCUGGCAUGAACUACUACAUGCUCGGUCACAAGAUCAACCGCGCAGAGUAUCCGCCUCUUCCAGCAGAAGCGUCUCAGCGUGUAGCGAAGCUCUGUUCAGAGAUCCUGCAGGUGGAGCAGGAUGCAAGACCGGACAGUGCUGCCAUAUGUGCUCUUGCAGGGAAGUACCUGAAUAAAUGCCUGGUGAUGCAUCCAACGGAAAAGCUGGUGGUUCCAGAAGGAUGUUCCUUUGAUGAUCCGCAGAUGAUUAGCCAGUGUCUCUCGCAAGCAGCGCAGGUCGUUCUGGAGUUGCUGCACAAUUCUGGCAGUCCGCGGCCACCACGCUCCCCUCCAAAGGGGCAGGACAUUCACCCUCCAGCAGUCCCAAGACCUGAGAGACCCCGCGGAGGCUACAUCUCUGUGGACAACAGGCGGUUUCCAAGUACAGCUCUGGAGCCAUUGGCCACGGGUACUGCGCACACCAGGUCUGAGGACGCUUUCAAGCCGCCGGUUGUUGCACCAGGUCGCGCACGCUCGCCACGGACAUUGUUGCCUAUUGCACGACAGACUGGCGCCACCUUGCCACAAAGCUCGCGGGACACGCCGCAUCGAGGUGGGUCUCCGCAGGAACGUGGCUUGGGUUCUUCUCAGUCAGCGCCGGCCCGCCCGACCUCGCCACGAUUGCCAUUUGAUGAUGGUUUUCGCGCACCAGGGCCAGCCCCAAAGAGGAUCCUCGCGCCACUGCGGAGAGCGCCAUCACCUCGAACAACACGCCUAGGUGAGCAGGGGGUGCUCCUGACGCCCCGCGAAAGCUUGACAAGAGCACGCGCAAACCAAAGUGUAGCGUGAAAA